AUGAAGUCUCUUCGCAGAAUGUAAGCACCAACGAUUCGAUGCAGCACAGCAUUGACCGUGAAGAGGACACGGAUGUCCUCACUGCCGAAGGCACGAACAGCAGCACAGACCCAGCAACUGUCCACCGCAAUGAUAACGUGUCGGGUGGCGCUAGUGCCGCACCGACUCAUUUGAGCACAGCGCAUGGGGAAGCCAAGAUCCCAUCGGAGUUCAACGCAACAAUACCCUCGGGCCAUGAACUUUUGCCUGAGCACGGGCAGUUCAGGGACUUGUCGGCCAUGGCUCUAAUUGGUGACAGCACCGUGCAUGGGUGUGCGUCUCGGGUGUUGCUGCUGCUUCUGGGGCUGUGGGGCACUGCGGCUCUCUGCUGA